AUGGAGCAAGUUAGCGCAUUGACAUUGAGCGAGACUGCUCAGAAGUUUGGAGAUCCCGGCUCUCCCUACAUUUCCAUUAUGAUUGGUGAGUCACGCAUUGAGAGAACUCUACUUGAUUUGGGGAGUAGUGUGAACUUGCUACCGUUCUCAGUGUAUGAGCAGUUGAGAUUAGGUGAGCUAAAAAAUACCUCCAUCAAGUUACAGUUAGCUGACAGAUUAGUUAAGGUGCCGAGGGGUAUUGUUGAGAAUGUGUUGAUCCAUGUGGAUAAAUUUUACUACCCAGUGGAUUUUGUAGUUCUUGAUAUGCAGCAGCUAGCCACUACUAUUUACCAAGCACCUGUCAUCCUAGGGCGUCCAUUCGUUACUACCUCCAAUGCACUGAUAAAUUGUCGAAGUGGAGUACUUAAACUCACAUUCGAGAAUAUGACAUUGAAAAUGAAUGUGUUCAAUACUUGUAAGAUGCCUGGUGAUUGCGACGAGUCAGAGGUGCAUGUUGUUAAUUUGAUUUCAGAGCUUGAUGAAAUAAAGAGAGAGUGUGCUGGUCCAAUUCCCGCUUGGAAGCCGAAAUCUCGAUGGAAGGGGCGGUACAUUGUAAAAGAGGUUCAUCCUCACGGGGCAGUAGACAUUGUCAAUCCAAAGAAUGGCAAUAGCUUCACUGUCAAUGGACAAUGUCUAAAGCCGUUUCUGAAGGUAUUUGAUCCACACAAAGAGAUCUUGCUUGUGCAAGAUUCUAGGGAAGUGUUUUGA